UUCACAUUUAGUAACGUGCCGUUCGCCGAUCAAGAUCGCCCGCUUUGCCCGCUCCGCUCAAAAAGGAAAAACAAACCGCUCUCCAUCAAAUUGGCAUAAAUCUAGUGCUUGUCGAGCAAAAUGUCGGGCGAUGUGCAGCCGCGAAAGCGAAAGGAUAAGCGCCGGAAACGCGAUGAUCGCAAGUCCGAGGGCGAUGUGACUGUUCUGCGUCAGUCCAGCUUUCAAGAUGACGACGAGUCGUCGCACGGCGUUCACAUUACAAAGAUGGGAAACGAAGAUCUCCACCUGCACGUGCACCACGAACACGGAACCGGGGGUCACUGGUGCGCCAAGAUCAUAUUCUUCGGUCUGAUGGCCGUGCUGCUGGGAUUGGUGGGUCUGAUCAUCAUGGAGAACCGCGGGCUGGAGGAUCUGGACACUCCUCUGUCGGAGUCGCGUUUCUCCAAAGUCUUUGAUGGUUGGGUGGAUGAACAUAGAGAUGAGCAUGAUGCCCAUGAUGUCCAUGAACCCUCGGGAGAAGCCUUGGAUGAGCAUGACGAUCAUGAUGAGCACGAUGAUGAGCAUGAUGAUCAUGAAGAAGAAGAAGAAGAACCCCUUUCUGAAGAAUUAGAAGAAGAAAUAGAAGAGGAGGAAGAGCCAGCUGAGGAGGAGGAACCAGAGGCAGAUGAAGAAGAUGAAGAUGAGGAGGACGAAGACGAGGAGAACAAUGCGGGUGAAAACAUAACCGCAGAGGAAGAUGAUGAGGAGGAUAACGACGAAGGCACUGUGGAGGUCACUGUGGAAGCCACUGUGGAGGCCACCACGGAAGCCACCGCCGAGUAUGAAGCUGAAGACGAGGAAGAUGAAGAAGAGGAGGAAGCUGAACCUGAAGCUGAUAAUGAUGAUGCUGUAGAAUCCACUGAAGCCCCACCAUCAGAAGCUGAAGAGCAGGAAGAGGAUGAUGAGGACGAAGAGGAGCAGGAGCAGGAGGUCGAAGAGUCCGUUGAGCCGCCCAGAUCACAAUCUGCAGCACAGAGUGUUCCCGCCGCGGAUGAUGACGAUGAUGAUGAUGAUGUGGAACAAGACAAUAAUGAUGCCGAUGAUGACGACUUUGAGUCCCUCGAUCAGCAGUUUGAAAACGAUCCCGAGCCAGCACAAGCCGUAGAUAGCCAGGAGCAGGAUCAAGACCAGGAUGAUGAGGAGGAGCCCAAAGAAGAGGGCUCCUCUUGGUUGGCAUCACUUGCCGUUAAAUUUGGCGUUGGCGUUGCACUUGCCUUAGUUUCACGCCUUGUAUUGAUAAGGAAAAGUCCAAAUACAACUGAGGAUGAGCCCGCACCAGAGGCCAUAAUGAGGCGGAGAUUGACGAUUGCCACGGCCGAGGACCACAUACCCGACGAUGUGGAGGAGCUUCCCCUGCUGGACGAUGAAUACUCCGAGGAGGAAAUCGAGAUCGAGGAGGAGAUCGAGGUGGAGAUCAGCGACAUCGAGGAGGAGGAGGAGAUGGUGCGACACGAUAGCGACGACAACGUGGCCUCCGUUGGCGGUUAUGUGCUCGAGAGUUUCGAGCAGCUGAACUCCAUGUACAAGUCCGCCAAGGAGCCCGCAAAGGAAACCAAAGUCGAGGAGAAGGAGAAGGAAAAGGAACAGGAGCCGGAACAGCAGGCCGGUCCCAGCGAUAUCUAUGUGGAGUACGAGGACGGAGCCAUCGAGGACUACGAGCAUGAGGAUGAUAGCGAUGAGGAAAUCACCGACGAGGAGGACGAGAUCUCCGACGUGGACGACGCCGAUCUGAUGAACCGGCUGGAGGCCAAGUACGGCCGUCUGCCCGUCAAGGAGUUCGAGAGCGAUCCUGACUCCGACGACCCCAGCUGGACACAAAUCAAGCCGAAAGAAGCUGCCGCUGCUCCGGCAGAGAAAGAGGAUUCUUUCGAGCAGGAGUUGCGAAAGGCCAACGAGGAGAUGAUUAGGGAGAACUAUGCCCAAGCCCUGCGAUCCUUUAACACGCUCACCACCAACUUUGCGCACGAGCCAUUGGCCCAUUUGGGAAGAGCCCGCAUCCUGGAGCUCCUGUCCAAGAAGGAGCGCAGCAACCAGCGCCUGUGGGAAGCCAUUGAUGCCUACAAAAGAUACCUGGCCUUUGGCGAGCUGGUGAUCAGUGACCAGGAAUUUACAUCUGCUGGCGAAAGCUGUAUUGAGAACUUGAGAUUUUUGGGUCACCACCGCCAGGCAACCAACAUUCACGAGCUGCUUAUCGAGCGUUUGCCCAAGGAUCCGCGGCUGCGUAACCAACUCUCACUCACCCAUCUCAUGGUCAACAAUCUUCAGCAGGUGGAAAAGGUGGCAUUGGAAACCCUGAAACAGUGGCCAACCAAUACAGUGGCUCAACUUCACUACGGACUGGCUCUCAGGCAGCUGCGUGGAGACUACGUCAAGGCUCUGCCCUAUCUCAAAUAUGCAGUGGAGUCCCAGGAGGAGGGCACCCAGGAGGCUUUCUUCUAUUUGUCGCUGGGUGAGACCCUACAACGCUUGUCCAGGCAGUCGGAAGCCCUGGAUGUUUAUAAGAAAGGUGUAGCAAAAGGGUUCUUUGCCAGCCUCUAUCAGAGAUCACUGUACAAUGAGCCCAGGCUGAAGGCCCAGUCUUUUUGGCAGUCCAAGGAGACGGGCUACGAGCGGCAGCUGGAGAAACUGCAGCUCCAUUGGCGCGCCAUUCGGGAUGAGGGGAUGGCUCUGCUGGGCAAGAGUGGAUACUUCGAGGAUGAGGCAGAACAGCUGCGUGACCAGGGAGUGUGGCAGCAGUUCGAGCUGUAUGCCCAAGGGCGCCGCGUGAAGGACAACUGUCGCAGGACUCCCAUCACCUGUAGCCUGCUGCAGGAGUUUUCCGAAUCCAGCGGCUGUCGUCGCGGCCAGGUGAAGUUCAGUGUGAUGCAGGCCAAGACGCAUGUGUGGCCGCACUGUGGACCCACCAAUUGCCGCCUGAGGGCGCACCUCACGCUAGUUGCUCCAGAGCCGGAGAAAACCUCUCUACGAGUGGCAGAGCAGGAAAGAACUUGGCGUGAGGGUGAGCUGUUCAUAUUCGACGACAGCUUCGAGCACGAGGUGUGGCACAAUGGAACCCAGGCCCGCCUUGUGCUCAUCCUGGACAUGUGGCAUCCGGAAUUGACGCCCACGCAGCGCCGCAGUCUACCACCCAUUUGAUCGUAGUUCUAAAAAUAGUUCUGGUUUCAAAGGCUGUAAUUUAGAUCAAUUUCUCCAAAUCGAAUCGUUCUCUGUUAGUUAAAUCGCCAUGUUAUAUAGACAAUAUAUACUUGUAGUUAUACCUCUUAAUCGUUAAGCUCGGUUUGAAUGCGUGUUUAGGCUAAAUCGACGUCAUAAUAUCUGUGUAUCAUAUACGUUUAGCUUUGGUGGGCAGCCUACCCCCGCUUUUGUACUUAAAAUACAGAAAUAAAAACCUAUUAGGAUUCGACAA